AUGUCCAACGAACCCAAGGAGCUAGCACCGAAUUUAGACUCUCAAAUUAAAUCAUACAUCGAUAACUCAUGUCAAGCGGCCAUAACAACGCUCUUCGAGAGAGUAAAAGAUCUAUUAAAUCAGCAAGCUGAAACACAAAAGCAUUGGAUACAAACCACAUUAAAUGAGCGCUUUAGUAAAUUGGAACAAGUCAGUCUAAUUGAUGAAGAAAGUAACCCGGAUAACAACCAACCAGCUAAUGAUAUAGCAGCCAAUUACACAACACUGUUGACAGUGUGUUCUCCAGCAGAGUCAAGAGAAGAAGCACCACUAAGCAACCAGAAUUCCGUUCCAACCUUCAGCAAUAUGUUAGUUAACCCAGUAACAAUAGGAUCAAUAUCAAAUACAAGCAACAUACAAUCGGCAAUGAUGCACAAAGCUCGAAUUGGCUAUACUACAACAAAUCGAUCUUAA